CUGCCACUCAGUCUGUCAGUCGACUGACAACCAAGCAGCAUGGAGAUCACAGCACUGUGCACCAUUAUCGCUUCUCUGAGAGUCGCUCCCAACAGAUCGCAUUUCUUUCUGAAUGAGCCUGUUACGCUGAGCUGUGACGAGCCUGGAAACUCCUCUGACUGGAGAGUUAAGAGAAACACAUCCACACGUACAAACGAAGAGUGUUCCAUAACGUGGGGAAGAAGAAAUGGAUCCCAGUGCUUCAUUCAUGACGUUUACACAUUGGACAAUGGACUGUACUGGUGUGAGUCCGGAGCUGGAGAGUGCAGCAAUGUCGUCAACAUCACUGUGACUGGUGGCUCUGUGAUCCUGGAGGGUCCUGUCCUCCCUGUACAGGAGGGACAAGCUGUGACUCUACGCUGCAUAAAUAAGACAACCACCUCCUCCAAUAUGACGGCUGGAUUUUAUAAAGAUGGCCUCCUCAUUGGCAGCAGCUCAACAGGAAACAUGACCAUCAACAGUGUUUCAAAGUCUGAUGAAGGUCUCUACAAGUGUGGCAUCUCUGGAGCUGGAGAAUCACCAGACAGCCGGCUGGCUGUCACAGCUGGGCGUCCUGAAUCUUUUCACUCCCCUCUGGUGCGCAUUCUACUUCCUGUGGUGGGCGUCUGCCUCUUGCUGGUCUCUGUGAUGCUGCUGUGCCUCUGGAGGAGCCACAAAGGUCAAAUUGACCCUGAUGAUGUGUCCUACACUGAUGUCACCAUCACAAAGGAAGGUCAACCAAAGAGGGACAGAGAAACGGAUGCAACCCUCUACUCAACAAUCAAAAUAGGAGCCACCUGAGAGGAAACAGUGUUGAAAUGCGUCCCUCCCCACACAUCCAACAACCUCUCCUUCGAAAAGCAUGUCAAUCAAAUCACCAGUACUGCCUUCUUCCACCUAAAAAUCAAAGCUCGUCUCCGCGCAUCGCUCCACCUCUGCUGCUGAAACCCUCAUCCACGCCUUCAUCACAUCUAAUUGACUGUAACAGCAUCUUUAUGGUACAUUAUCCAAAGUCCUAAAUAAACUCCAAGUACAUCCAGAGCUCUGCUGCCUGAUCACAUCACCCCUGUCCUCCUGAUCCUCCACUGGCUCCCUGUCCUACAUCGCAUCCAAGUCAAAGUCCUUCUCCUCACUCAUAAAGCCCUCCAUAACCAGGCCCCCUCCCACCUCACUGACCUGCUCCACCGCCACACUACUUCCUGCAGCCUCCGCUACUCUGAUGCCGACCUCCUGACUCCACCACUCAGGGCAGAGCACCACACCUGGUGCGACAGAGCCUUCUUCAUAGCUGCCCCCUCCCUCUGGAACUCAUGUCUGAAUGCUAUUAUGUGUAUUUUACUGUAUUCUAUUUUAUGAUCGUUUAUAACUAAUGUAAAGUGUCUUUAAGUAACAUGAAAUGCACUCAAUAAAUAUAAUAUAUUAUUAUUAAUUUCAUUUUAUGAAACUGAACAAAUAUUCAGUGCAUGUUUGUAGAAAAUACGAUGGAUUACAGUCUUC